AUGUCUCAAUGCCCAACUGCCAGUGCCACUCCCUCAACAGUCUUGGAUUCACAGCCUUCAGGGCUGUUGGAUGCCACCCCCUAUGUCUCCCAGAUUGCAUCUACUGUGUGGCAGAGUCAAGAGCUGCCUCUGUCACAGCUCACUCCCAGGGCUCUCAAAAGAAGGUUGGAUCUGGACCCCCAAGAAGAAGGAUCACAGAUAUCCUGCAUGCUUCCCCCCUUGUCCAGGCGUUGGUUAGCAGUGCCCAGCAACAGGGAAGGCUCAGAAGAUGGAGGAAACUCCAUUGUCCCAUCCAUGGCUCCAUUGGAGUCAAGGAGAUCCAUUGUUCCUGAAGCCCCUGAAGGGGAGGAGGACAUUGGGGUUCUUCCCCAAGAAGGAAGGCGCUUCUGUUGUAAGGGGAAGUGCUAUCUUCUCACUUAUGCUUGCUAUGUCAAGAGUGAGGAGACAAGGGAAACCUCUUGUCAUGAGGUUAUAAAAGAUCUUGUAGAUCAUCUUCUUACUCUAAGGAGUGGGGAUAAUUCCCUUUUGGAGACCCUCAUCUCAUCAGAGGCCCUGAACCUGUGGAAGUGUAAGGGAGUGCGCCCUCAUGAGCGUCUUCUUGUACUUAGGGAUGAUAAGGGAAGGUUUGCCCCUUUAUCAGCCUAUGAAUAUCUCAAGAAGGAGGCAGAUGCCUGGGAGGCAAGAUAUGGGACCCUUACAGAGGAGUUCUUAUUAGGCCAGUGCCCUGCAGGGUUGAAGGCUAAUACCAAUCACAAUGAAGAUUUUGCCUAUGCCAUGGAGGCAUAG